AUGCCAGCGGGCGCGUCUGUGGGUAAACAAGAAGAGGAUCCAAGAUACACGCUUACUACAAACGAGGACGGAGCAACAGUGUUUUCGUGUAAGAUUUGCCAGAAAGUGUUCACGAAAAAGCCAUUAGUGAGUCAGCAUUAUGGAGAGGUGCAUUUAAAGAAACGCCGACACUUGCGGAGCUGCAACCUCUGUGAUGUCUCGGUGCCGGGUCACAAGCGGCCGGUGCACAUGGAGGAAGCUCACGGAGUGCCCAUGCCGAAGUGCUCCAUCUGCGACAGAAAGUUCGCGUACGAAUUCAAAUUGUUGCGUCAUCAGAGAACAUUUCACAUGGGAGAACGAAACUACGAAUGUGACGUCUGCCACAAGAGAUUUUCCGGUACCGCUCAAUUAAAGAGGCAUGUGGUCCUUCAUCGCCCCGAAAGACCUUUCGAGUGCAAUGUUUGCGAUAAGAGGUUUAAAUCAUCAAAAUAUUUGAACAUACAUAUGAAAAUGCAUUUGAACGACCGUAGACAUGUGUGCAAGUCGUGCGGGAAGAGCUUCGUGCAGGGAUCCAGCUUGAAGUAUCAUGUGACGAAGAGACAUCCCGAGGAACCAAUGAGUUUCUAA